CCACUAAACCCGACCGACCCGGGCUCGGAGGACUAAUAGCGGCUGUGUUUGCGGCUCUAGCGGCCCCGGAGCUCCGCAGCGGCAGGAUGGGGGACCAGAAGGAGUCUCUGUGUAAGAUCACCCACACGCUGGCCAUGAAGAACGAGGAGAUCUCAAACUUUGUCUGCACUCUGAAACAGAGCCUCGAAAACUUAGAGGCGAACUCCACCCGCGUCCAGGAGGACCUGGAGGCCGAGUUCACCUCGCUGCACUCGGUCCUGGACGAGAUGAAGGAGAACAUGGUGACGCGCAUCAAACAGGAGCGAGCCAGCCGCACCUACGAGCUGCAGAGUCAGCUGAGCGCCUGCUCCAAAGCCCUGGAGAGUUCAGAGGAGCUGCUGGAGCUGGCCAAUCAGACGCUCUGCUCCUCCGAGACCGACGGCUUCAAUCAGGCGGCCAAAGACAUUAAGGAUAGCGUGACAAUGGCUCCAGCCUUUCGUCUCUCCCUGAAGGCUAAAGCCAGUGACAACAUGAGUCACUUGAUGGUGGAUUUCAGCCAGGAGAGGGGGAUGUUGCAGGGACUCAAGUUUCUCCCAGUUCCCUCCACUCCAGAGAUCCAGGUGUCAGAGUGUCAGGUGUGUGACAACACGGUGACGGUGGUCUGGAGCCUCGCGGAGCCCGACAGUAAGAUCGACCACUACAUCCUGGAGCACCGCCGCACCAACCACGAGGGCCCGCCACGCAUCAGGGAGGACUACCCCUGGAUGGUGCUGGAGGGGAUCCGGGAGCAGGAGCACACUCUCACAGGUCUGCGCUUCGACACUCGAUACAUAACGUUCAGAGUGAAAGCGUGUAACAAGGCGGUUGCGGGAGAGUUCUCUGAGCCGGUGACACUAGAAACCCACGCCUUCACCUUCAAACUGGAUGCUGGUUCGGCCCACCAGAACCUGAAGGUGGAGGAGUUGAGUGUGGAGUGGGACAGCAGCGGAGGAGGAAAGAUCCAGGACAUCCGCAAGGAGAAGACCAGGACCAACUCCCCCAUGCACUCUCCAGCCAGGUCGGCCCUGAUGUCCCCUAAGAGAGCCCCGACAGCCCGACCCGGCAGAGACAGGUUCACUGCAGAGUCCUACACAGUGCUGGCUGACACCAUGAUCGAUGCUGGCCAGCAGUACUGGGAGGUUCGCUUCGACAAGGAGAGCAAAGCGUUCGCUGUGGGCGUGGCCCUGCGGAGCCUCGGGAAGUUCGACCAGUUGGGGAAGAGCAGCUCGUCGUGGUGCAUCCACCUCAACAACUGGCUGCAGCAGAGCCUCACCGCCAAGCACAACAACAAGGCCCGCACUCUCGACUGCUCCAUCCCCAACAGUAUAGGAGUCUACGUCAACUACGACGAAGGUGUUUUGUCUUUCUACAACUCCAAAACUAAACAGCUGAUGCACUCCUUUAAAACCAAGUUCCAGCAGCCGGUUAUACCAGCCUUCAUGGUGUGGAACGGCAGUUUUUCCGUGGUGACGGGCCUGCAGGUUCCCAGCGUGGUGCAGAGCGGCCAGAGGAAGAACAGCGGCACCAGCAGCUCCAACGCCAGCCUCACCUAGACCAAUCACCACGCUCCGCCGGCUGGACGCCUCCCAGCUCCGCUCCACCGCUGCAGAACACCACCUCGGCCCUGGCCGCGCUCCAAGCCAUAUCAUGGAAGAGUUACAUCACUGGAGUUCAGAUGGUUUAGCCUGUUCCGGUGUCCGCGUUGAUGGAAAUGGUUUUUGGGAACAAGUGAGUCAUCGAUCAGUGACAGAACUCUUCAGAUGUAUGACUCCGGCUGUUGCUGCUGCUUGGGACACGUUAGCUCUAGUCUCAUAGUUUCUCCUCUCUACACGUCAUUUAGCACUGUCCCACUGCUGCUAGAGCAAUGAUUUAGCGCUGGCCGCUGUCCUUCCUUCCUUCCUUCCUUCCUUCCUUCCUUCCUUCCUUCCUUCCUUCCUUCCCGCCAUCACCAAAACUGUCAGUCGUACUGUCGAUGCAGCAGGUGCAGGGUCACUUCCUGUCCUGUCUGCUCUCUCCCUGUGCCUUCCUUCUCAUUUCCAAACUGAUUUGGCCAAAUCGGGUGAUCCGUACCAACAUGCUAAUACUUCUA